AUCGGGAAGGAGUGCUGAAGCGAUCCAUAGAUAUGAAGUUCUUGACUGGUUAUGAGUCGAAGACCAUGCUGAACGCCCAUGUGGAUGCAGUGAUGAUCCUGGGUGAGGCUUUUGCCUCCGAAGAGCCGUUUGACUUUGGAUUGCAGAGCACCACGGAGCGCAUCCACAACCUCAUCCCCGUCAUGCUGAAACAGCGCCUCAUCCCUCCACCCGAAGAAACCUACUCCCUGCACCGCAAAAUGGGUGGCUCCUUCCUCAUCUGCUCCCGCCUGAAGGCUAAGCUAUGCUGUAAAAACAUGUUUAAAGAGGCCUACAGCAAUUACUGGAGCAAUAAGAAGAAAGGUCCAAGCCAGUGACACACAGAGCUUUUCAAACGAGAAACUUGGAUAAGCAGAAAAUGCUCUGGCCAGUCGCUCGAAUGUAAAUGAAUGGCACUUUUGUCCCAACUGACUCAACCGUACCAUCAUACAUGUUUUUGGCUUUUGUUUUUCCCUUUUGAGUGUGUUAAUGGGAAAUAAUGUCCAUGAUUAUCCAAAGUCGUGUGGUGCAAAGAAAGCUAUUCAAACGAAUGUAUCUGUGUGCCUACGGAAAUUCCUAGAACCGGGAAAGCUGGUUACUCAUCAGGCGUGACGAUUGGCUGUAGAACAUUUCAGAACCAAGCCAACAGUUUUUUUUCCAGGAUGCCGGACUACGCUCGUGAGGACCGUCUCCCUAAAUCAGUGUAUUAACUCUGAUACGUUUAUCAUUUGAGAAAGCAUUACAAUGUUUAUUUUUCUUAUUUCGGUUUGUGAUUUGUGAAUAUUUGCGCACAAUAUUGGCCAAAGUAUGAUAAAGGGAAGUUCCUGAAAGAAAAGCGCAGGCUUUGAUGCACCUGCUGCUGUCACAUAUGUGUUAUCAGUGUAGGUUGCCUACAAGCUCGCUUGUUUUAGCUUGUAAAACCACCACAACUACUUUGUCAUAGUGCAUUUUAAAAAGCUAGGAUAUUAAUGAUGGGAUGAGGUAUCACACUAUCACUGAUGUGUGAGAUGUACAUGAAUUUAAAUGUGCCUACAUGAAGGUGAGAGCUUGAAAGCAUUAUGGUUUGAUAUCAGAGCAUUGAUGAAAAAGGUGUUUUUUUUUCUAAUGUUCCUGCUAUUGGCUUUCUUACUAAAAAUUGUGAUAAAAUUGUCUGAAUAUAUUAAAUUUUUGGAAUCAACACACUCGUUUUAAAUGUU